AUGAAAUUAGCAAAAGCAUUAUACUUCGUUGCCUUUUUAUUGGCCAUAAAAGUCUUAACCCCAGGAUCUAUUAAUUAUGUUGAAGCUAAACCCGCAAAUUCAAAAAAAGUAGCCAAAGGUAAAGGUGGUGAUAAUGGAUUUAUUAGAAAAAUUAAAGAUAACAAAGCUGCAUUCAUAUCUACACUAGCUGCAACAGUAGCAUUAGCAAUUGCUACUACAUUUGGUGUAAUGCAUUAUCAAAAUAAAGGAAAUGAUGUAAAUGAUGGAAAUGUUGAAAAUGUUGAAAAUGGUGAAAAUGAUGAAAAAAAACCAAUAGAGGUAGAGGAAAAAAAAACACCCUUAAUUACUCCACGCAAAAAUCCCAAACCAGAUAAUGGAAAUACACCAGCAUCAUAA